GACAGCUUCAACUCAGCUGCGCGUCUACGGGGAGCGAAGCUGGCAGCCGCACGCGAUCUUAUCGUUGCUAUCGGCGACCGUAAGCGAAGCGAUGCUCCUAUCGCGAUGGUGGCGAGGAGUGAAGCUUGAUUCGAAGCUGAUAUGCACGGGACACAGCAGCUUCAGCAGGCACAAGUAGCGGGAUGGCCACGGCACCGGCGAGGUCUGAACUUCCGGUGAUGUCUUGCUGUCAGGAAGAGGCGUGCACGCACUCCGUCGUCGCUGCUGCAGCUAUGGAAGCCACGCGAUUGUCAGACAAGGAGCGAGAGAUCAUUCUUGGGGUGCUGGCAAAAGACGAGCGUCUCAGAAGAGACCAGCAAAUUCGAGUGCUAUCCCCAAAUAUAGCACAACUGGAAGAGUCAGCUACAGUGAAAGCAUUAAAGAAAAAGAUUCAACAACUACAAGAAAAGAUAAAAGUUAAGAAGGAAGAGAAGACAAUAACAAAACAAGACAACACGAUACCCAAGAGUAAAACUAUAGGAAACUCUAAGGCAAGAAGCCUCAAUUUCAAGACAGCAGGAUUUGGUAAGUCUAAAAGCCGAAAAAACAAUAGAUUUGAUGAUUCAUCAUCAGAAGAUGACCCCACUAACAUAAAAGAUAUUUGCCAAGAUGAUUACUUGGACGAUAUGGACUCAAAGAAUUCAUUUCUACAAAAAGGAUUAACAAGAGAUGAUUGUUUUACUGUACGGUGUACUCGUAGCCCCGACCCCCGGUGGGCCCAAGAAAAUCCUCAUACCAUUCGUAAAGGUCAUUUGGGCUAUUUCGUACAGGGACACUUUUACGAUAAUUUUAUUUUAAAAUGUAAACAGUGGAACGAUUCCAAUUUCUUUGCAUGUAAUUAG